AUGUCCUCCAGCCGGCCCUCCACGGACGACGCCUGUGACGGUUCCGCUGCCUCCUCCUCAGCCUCGCCACCCAAGCGCCGCCACAUCGAGGCGCCGUCGUCCGUUUCGACCGACACGCACCGCCUGCAGCAGCAUCAGAAUCGCCAGCACCACCGCCUCGACUAUCACAGCAACAACAACCGCACUGGCAACACCAUUCCGCCUGCAUCGUCCAUGACACAGUCCAACGUCGAGGUCGAGGCAAAGGCGCGGCUCAAGCUGAAAACAGUGCCACACUCGUCGUCGGCGUCUCGGUCAUGGGGCGGUGGACGGAAACAGAAAGUCGCCAUCGAGCUGGAGACGUCGUUUCUGCAGAACCAUGGACUGUUAGGGCCGGUCCAGGAGAGCGGGCGUCCGUCGGCGGAUGGUGGGCUGGAGGAGCACACGCGGGCUAGUUCGUCGAGCGGCCAUGAGGAGGAAGCGAUUUUGCUCCAAACGACACGAAUGCUGCAAGAUCAAAAGGGGCGCCUCCUGUACAUUGGUGAUUCCGCCACUCUCUCCUUCCUCCACCUCUUCCGUCUUAUGGUCGAGAGCAUCAGCGGCCAGUCCAACUUCACUCUCGACCCCAGAAAGGAAUCUAUCGUCGAAAAUGUCGUGUCUCUACCGCCGUACGUCCGUCCACCCUGCAUGCUGCCCGACCGACACACAGCCGACUUGCUCGUCGAGUCCUUCUUUGUCAACACCGGCGCCAUUAUCGAAGUCUUUGACCGGCGCGAGUUUCUCGCCGAGCUCGAGCGCUGCUACGCCAAUCCACUGAUAGCGAGCACGCCUUUUUUGUGUCUGUUGUUCCUAGCAUUUUCAAUUGGCCUUGCCAUGGCCACGCCCAAUGCGAACACCGUCGACGCGACCGCUCUGCGUCUGUUGGUGGAACUGCCCUACGACCAGGCCGAGCUUUUCUUCCGCACUGCCAAAGUCAUGGACGAUCCACUCAACGGCGUCGAGGAUGCCGAGUUGUGGUCCGUCCAAGCCCAGCUGCUCAUGGCCGUCUACAUGCUGGCCGUCUCCAAGCGCAACGCCGCCUUUACGUACCACGGCAUUGCUGUACGGUCGGCCAUCGCACUCGGCCUGCACCGCGAGGAGACCAUGGUCAAUUUCUCCGCGUCCGAGGUCCUCUUGCGCUGCAACAUCUGGAGGAGUCUAUAUGUCCUGGACCGCUUCAUCGCCGCCUCGCUCGGUCGCCCGCCCGCCAUUAGCGACAAUGACUGCACUGACGUUGCCUUCAAAGAUUCCAUGAUGCUCCCGCACAUUGCGCCCAUUGGUCCGACGCAACAACCGAGUACAGUGGGACAAGGGACCAUGAGUGCCGGUGGUCCUGGUCCGGCUCCUCCACCCUCGUCCUCUUCCUCCUCCAACCAUGCAGCUAUGACUGGUCGGUGCUCCAAGCCGAUGAUCAACUUUGGCUUCGACGCCUCUGUACGCAGCUGCCGAAUCAUUGGCAUCAUACUCAAGAAGAUGUAUGUGCGCCGCCGUGUCUCCUCGCGCGCCACAGCCGAUAUUGUCCGCCAAUGCAGCGUCUGGACCAAGGAGAUGACUGAGAAUCUACGCUGGCAGCGCACCGUUGAGGCUGCCGCAGCACUCGACGCCGGCAAAAUCAUGCGCAUGCCUCAAGCAGAGAGCAUUGCCAUCCUGCGCACUAACCUCUUUUACUGCCAUGCUGUCAUCCUAUUGACGCGCCCCUUUUUCCUCUUCCUGAUCCAAGCCGAUCGCCGCAACCAUACCAGCCCUGGCAACCUUGGCAGCUUUUUCGGCGCACUCAACAAAUUCGGCAGUCAUAGCAGUAUCGGCCGGAUCAAUGGUACCAGCCGACCCGCUGGCUAUGGCAGCUCCGGACGAUUCUCGCCUCCCUUGCGCACCCGCACUGAAAGGUUUGCCGAGAACUGUGUCACUGCAUCCUACCACACCAUUGCUAUGGUCGGCCAAGCUCUCACAACGAAGUACCUCCCUCAGCGAGAUCCUUUUAUCAUGUAA